AGUCAUUAUCAUUAGUGUCAACAUUUCUAACCCUAUUUUUUGUUGUCAAAAACUUGAUCGUCAUUCUAAACUCGAAAAUCCUACCCAAACAAAGUUGAAAAUCAUUUUACCAGUCUUAUAUAGGCAAAAUGGAAGCUAUGGAUGUUGUUUUACCGGAAAAGGAAGAAGGUAGUCCCUCAGAUACGACAAAGCAAACCCUGCAGGACUUGGACACGGAGGAUCUCUAUACAAAAUACAAAAAACUCCAGCAAAUGCUCGAGUUUCUUGAAGUGCAAGAGGAGUACAUUAAAGAUGAACAGAGGAACUUAAAAAAGGAGUAUUUACAUGCCCAGGAGGAAGUUAAGAGAAUUCAAAGUGUCCCACUUGUCAUUGGACAGUUCUUGGAAGCAGUUGAUCAAAACACUGGCAUUGUUGGUUCGACUACUGGCUCGAAUUACUACGUUAGAAUUCUGUCAACCAUUGACAGAGAACUGCUUAAACCCAGUGCAAGUGUGGCAUUGCACAAACACAGCAAUGCUUUAGUAGAUGUACUGCCUCCAGAGGCAGACUCUUCAAUAAGCAUGCUUCAGGCUGACGAGAAACCAGAUGUUAGUUAUGCAGAUAUUGGUGGUAUGGAUAUGCAGAAACAAGAAAUUAGGGAAGCAGUGGAGUUGCCUUUGACUCACUUUGAGCUGUAUAAGCAAAUUGGAAUUGACCCUCCCAGAGGUGUCUUGAUGUACGGCCCACCUGGAUGUGGCAAAACUAUGUUGGCAAAGGCUGUUGCUCAUCAUACAACUGCUGCCUUCAUUCGUGUGGUGGGUUCCGAAUUCGUCCAAAAGUACCUUGGCGAGGGCCCUAGGAUGGUGAGAGACGUGUUCAGGCUUGCAAAAGAAAACUCUCCAGCUAUUAUUUUUAUUGAUGAAAUCGAUGCUAUCGCCACAAAACGUUUCGACGCCCAAACUGGUGCCGAUCGUGAAGUACAACGUAUUCUUUUGGAACUUUUAAAUCAGAUGGACGGAUUUGACCAAACUACCAAUGUGAAGGUGAUCAUGGCAACUAAUAGGGCAGACACUUUAGAUCCUGCUCUGUUGCGUCCGGGCCGUUUGGAUAGAAAAAUCGAAUUUCCCCUCCCCGAUAGGAGACAGAAACGAUUGGUUUUCAGCACCAUCACUUCCAGAAUGAACUUGUCCGAAGAGGUUGACUUGGAGGAUUACGUGGCAAGGCCUGAUAAAAUAUCCGGUGCUGAUAUUAACGCCAUUUGUCAGGAGGCGGGAAUGCACGCCGUAAGGGAAAACCGAUAUAUCGUAUUGCCUAAAGAUUUCGAAAAGGGAUAUAAAAAUAACAUUAAGAAGGACGAGAGUGAACACGAGUUUUAUAAAUAAAAUAUUUAGUGUUCAGAAGUGUCUGCUUAAUAACUUUUCUUUCUGUAUUUGUGUUUAAAUAUGCUAAUUAUAAAAUGAUAAUAAAGAUAUAA